AUGGAGGAGUCGGCCGAGUGCUGGUCGGGAGAAUUCAACGAGGAGUUUUGCUGCGGCGAGCAGUGGGGCCUCACUGGAAACCCAGCUUGCUGGAAUGAGGAGUUCACCUUCCUGCGGUGCUGUGGCCUCGACAGCUUUCCCCGCAGGCCAGAUGAGGAUGAGCGCUGGGAGAGGAUCGCAGGCAGCACGCCUUUGGAGGACGGCGGAGAGUACGACUUCAUCGUAGUGGGCGCCGGAUCUGCCGGGAGUGUGGUGGCCUCUCGCCUGGCCGAUGCGGCCACUUCGGAUGGCCGGCCCUGGCGGGUGUUGAUCCUCGAGGCGGGGGCCGGUCAGACGAAGGCGCCAGAGGCCGCCCAUCCGGACAAAGCGCCGCAGAGGGAGGAGGCCUGGUGGCCGGCGGUGGAGCUGAAUUGGCAACAUGGAAAGGAGGGCAGGACGUGGAAGUAUGCCACGGGAAGAGGCGUUGGUGGGACUGCCAGCGUGAACUCCAUGAUCUACACGCGGGGAUCCAUUUCGGAGUACGAGGCAUUUGGUUGGCCAGCCAAAGAGGUGCUGAGCGCCUACCAGAGCCUCGAGGCUCCCAUGGAGGCCCCGGGCUUCCGCGCCGCGGCGGGCUUUCAUCGCCCAGGAGACGCGUUGCAUGCUGAGCCGCCAGGCAGCUUCCUGAGCCUCAUCUCGGCUUUCCCCGAGGAGCUGCCGCCCUUGUUCCGGCAGCUUCUUCGCGCCUUCGAGCGCAUCAAGGUCCCCUUCAGGGUGGACCCCCACGGCAACGUCACCACACACGGCAUCGGCGGCAUUUGGCGGUCAAUGGGCUGCGGUCACCCCAGGUGCCAACCCACACGCGUGUCUCGCAUGUACCUGGCAGCGGGACGACCUCGGUCCACGACCUACCAAAACUUGGCUGCGCCUUUGCAUGGCUCAGCAGGCCACAGGCUGGAAACCUUGACGCACGCCUUCGCAGAACGGAUCGUCUUCGAGGGGAACGAGGCAGUCGGAGUUGAUGUCUCGAUUGCAGCAGAUGGCAACCCGUCGAAGGCCGUCAGCAAGCGGCUGCGUCUUCGAGCCAAGCAGGAGGUGAUCCUGGCGGCCGGGGUGCUGGCCAGCCCCAAGCUGCUCACCUUGUCCGGGGUCGCGGAGCCCCAGGAGUUGGAAAGGCUGGGCAUACCAGACCCCCUGGCGCGUUUUGCAUGCAAUGCGUUGAAGGAGAAUCGGGCCCCUCUUUUUGACACGGAUACAAGCAGGGGCGGCGCGCACUUUCAGACCCUGAACGUUGAGGAUUAG